AUGACACAAGCAAUGCAGCAAAAGGCAACUGAUCGUAUUAUACAAUUUGCAGCUGAAUAUGAUUUGCAGGGAACUAAAUAUGUUAGUAAAAUUAUAUUAGAUGCUAUCGAUGCCUUCUUUGAUUUCGUACUCGUCGUCAAUCGACGUUCGCCAGCUACAUGGAAUCGAUUACGCGAAGAUGCUUUAAAAUGGGGUGAAGAAUUCUUUGGGCAAUAUUAUACCAAACUUCAUAUAAUAGCAGAGGAGAUUCAGGAAGGUAUAUCUCAGAAGUUUUGUGAACGUCAUGAUGAUAUUAGACAAAAAGCUUCCAUCGGCUUCGAAGAAACAUGGCUCACACCUUACAGACUUGUAUUGGAUUCUAUGCCAGGAAGCCGGACAAAUGUACGCAAUCUUCAUGCAGAUUUUAUUAAUUCAACUGUUGAAGAAGAAGUUAUUCGACCUGUGUUAAAGCAGGUAAUCAAUGUCAAACCACGUAACAUUCUACUUGACAAUGAUGAACAGGUCUUUCUCCCUGAUUUUGGUACAUGUCAACAUGGUACUGGGAAUGUAACCGUGAUUGGAUCGCGCCCAUGCGCUCCAGAACUGACUACAGAUCAUCCGUUCUCCUACGAUGGAGCAGCACUUGAUGUCUUCUCAUUAGGUACACUCAUGUACGCAGUUGCACCUAAACAAACAUAUCUAGAACCAAUGCAGCCGAUCACACAGGCUGAUCUGAACAGUCUUGAUCAAACUGUUGUUCUGGAUAGCUUUCAGCAACUAAUACUUCAAUGUGUUGAUUUUGAUCCUAAGCAACGUCCGACAGCAUCACAAGUUGUUCAGAAACUGAAAGAAAUUGCUGAUCAAGUGGCUAAUGGACGACCAUGUCUCGUAUGCUUGGAUCAGCCGCGUUAUCGGCGAUGCCUUCCUUGUGGUCAUAAGAUCAUGUGUAACACGUGCCUUGACCAAAUGCAAAAAUCAAAUCCAAUGCCCCGAUGUAUUCUUUGCAGACAAAUAUUCACGAGUACGCAGGAAGAUCACGAUGGACAUACUUAUGCAACGACCAUUCGAACAAACCAAACAUCAUGA